CUCAUUCCCGAGCGCCACUCGGAAGAGUAGACCUGCCGCAAAAGGACGGACACAGGGGCAACGGAGGCGGGAAGACAUCGGACGCCCUACGGCGGGCCGGCCGGGGAGCCUCCGGGACUGCGUCGCAACCACGCCAUUGGAUUUUUAAUGCGGUUCCAGCAGCAGAAGCAGCAGCACCACCACCACCAUGUGUGAGCGUGGUAGCACCCCAUUGCCCCUUGCACCGCUUCUCCUUCUCUUUGUCCUCCUCUCUUGCUCCCUGGAGACAACCCACGCCCAGCACCAGGUCCCCACGCUGGUCCCUCACCGGCCAACCCCCCUGACGCGCUCCCGCUUCAGCGCCCGUCCCCACCUCGACCUGACUACUCACUGUGACUCCAGCUGCUUCCACCGAGGAGAAGGGGGGCACCGGGCCUCUGAAAACCUGGACUUUGAAACCCUAUACUCGGAUGGCUCACGCACACUAACUGCCGUGGAGGUGGAGAGCGCUGCUCCGCCUGGACCGGGUCGGGUGGUCGCCCGACCUGCUGGGAGACGACGGCGAGUGAGGCGUCAGAUUUACGGCGCCGACGGUCGCUUUAACAUCCAGGGCGACAACUUCUUGCUGGACUACCCUUUCUCUGCAGCAGUGCGCAUCUCCACGGGCUGCACCGGCGUCCUGGUGUCACGUUGGCAUGUCCUGACCGCAGCUCACUGCCUCCAUGACGGCAAGGAUUAUGUCAAGGGGGCACGAAAACUACGGGUGGGCUUCCUCAUCCCGCCGGCCGUCAAUGCUACCGGAACGGAAGCCUCGUCCGAUAACAAGCCCUUAGUGCGCUGGGUACGGGUGCGGCGUACACGGGUCCCCAAAGGGUGGAUCCAGGGCCCGCGGGAGCUCAGCAUGGACUUUGACUAUGCCCUCCUGGAGCUGCGCUGGCCCCACCGCCGGUCUUUCAUGCGGCUGGCCGUGGCGCCCUCCCCGGACGGCCUCGCAGGCCGCCGCGUCCACUUCUCAGGCUUCGACAGCGACAGGCCCGGGGAGCUGGUGUACCGCUUUUGCCCGGUGGAGGAAGAGUCCAGUGACCUGAUCUACCAGCACUGUGAUGCCCGGCCGGGGGCCAGCGGCUCGGGGGUGUACGGCCGCGUGUGGGACAAUUCUCUGGAGCGCUGGGAGAGGAAAGUCAUCGGGAUCUUUUCAGGGCACCAGUGGCUGGAGGUGGACGGCGAGAACCGCGACUACAAUGUAGCCGUGCGCAUCACGCCGCUCAAGUUUGCGCAGAUUUGCUACUGGCUGCACGGAAAUGGCUUGGACUGUUCAUACAACUAACGCCCUUCACUGGAAGUGAGUCAAAUGACAACUGUCUGACGCAAGAUGCAGAUUUUCAACAUUGUCAAUGAGAAUUCCCACACUUGACGACAGUGCCGGCCCAUGCCAUUUGGGGGCCCUAAGCAAAAUAAUGCCAAGGGGCCCAUAUUUUUGGCACACCAUUUCGUCACAGUGUACUGUGAAACCCAUGCAUGCAAUCCAACCCAUACGUCCAUAUUUUGUAUAUUAAUCAGAUUUUGUUGCACUGCAUACUUCAAACUUCUCACCCCAAAUGAUUGUCAGUACUUACAGUAGAUAGCGCCAAACCUUUUUCUAAAAUAGGAAAAGAAAGAAGUUAAGGAAGAACUUUAAUUUUUUUAAGCUUAAAAUUAAGUAACAAAACUCACACAAGUCAAAUAAAGCAAACUGUAGUAAACAAAAUAGAAUAUGAAUUAAACAAUUGCCAGAUUGGGGGGGCCCUAGUGGUCAGGGUCUCUAAGCAGCUGCAUAGUCUGCGUAUAGGCUGGGCCGGCCCUGCUUGACGAUAAGAAAUCAGUAUGGGAGUGAUCGCCCAGGAAAUUCGUAAGAAAAAUCACUCUUUACACCACAGGACAUUCAUUGAAGAUCAACUUUUAGACACCCAAUAAUUGCUAUUCAGUUCAGCCCCAUCACCAACUAGCCUCCAUGGUUAUCCUUCCAUGUCACGUUACAGAUUAUGGACUGUAUGGGCUGCUAUCGAUAUUGAACAGGUAUAAGAUUUAGAAUGGUCUGAAGUCUGUUGGUCAUGCGUAUAUGUACAUAAAUAUUGAACAGGUUUCACAUUUACGUCAUGAUUUUUUUUUUCUGAGCAGAUUGAGGAGGGGAGAAACAUUUGACACUGACACAUUGUGACACCACGGGAUAAUCGUUAAAGAUCAUCUUUUGAUCAGAUGAAGCGAAAAAAGAUUAGCAACCACCUUAAGUGGUUAUUUUUCCAUUUCAAAUAACAUAUUAUGGACUCUAUGAGCUGCUAUUUUAAAUAUUAAUUAUUUAUGAACAUCUGAAUUCGGUGUCCAUCAUACAGUUCAUACAAUAUUGAACAGGUCUAGCAUUCACAAUUUCACAACAUUGGGGGGGAAUAACACAUCUCACACCAUAAGGCCAUGUUUUAGAUUGGAUGAGGUGAAAAAAAAAUGCUUGAUUUUCAAAUGACAGAUUAUGGACUUCACAGGCUGCUAUUAUAAAUACUGAACAGGUGAAGUACUGUUUGUGUUGCUAAUAGUUAUAAAGAUUGGACAGGUUUAACAUUUACAAUAGUCAGUCUCAUUUUUCCCAUUCCCAUUCUUGACGAGAGGGGGAAAAAAUCACUUAACUGACCACAUCAAGAAAAUCUUUGACACUUCCGACAAUCGGAUGUUUGAUGAUGUCUGCUUGAUGAUCACCCUGCUUAAUUCGCUAUAGUUUGGGUCCACAUCACAAAAGAUUUCCCAUCAUGAUUGUUGAUGUUUAAUAUUUACGAUUGUUUUGAAAAAUUGUAACUAAAGCGGUUACAGUUUGAGAGGAAGAAUGUUAAUUUUAUUUUUGGACAAAAGUUUGAUAUAUUUUAAUAAAGAGACUUCUAUGACAA